AUGGACUUCUUGUCAGCAUGGAUUCUGUCUCCUUCAGCUCUACCCUUUCUUUGUCUCAUCUGGGGCACGCAGGCCCAGCAGGCCUUCAGGUCUGAGCCCAGGAACCUCACCGUGCGAAUGGGAGCCACAGCUGUGUUGAGGUGUGAAGUGCUACGGGCCUCAGGGACUGUGCAAUGGGUAAAAGAUGGCCUCCUCCUGGGACCUCAGAGAAGCCUGCCAGGCUUUCCACGCUACAGCAUGAUUGGAAACCCCAAGAGAGGCCAGUAUCAUCUUCAGAUUGAAAAGGCCCAACUGGAAGAUGACGCCCUCUAUGAAUGUCAAGCGGGCCGUUCUGAGAGCAGUCAUGCUAUCAUUUCCGGUUCAGCCUGGAUCGACAUGCUAAUCCCUCCUUCCAAGCCAUACUUUGAAGUAGAUAUGGCAACACCUUGGGUAGCAGGGAAGAAGUAUACUGUCGCCUGUAUUGCCCCUGAUGCAAAGCCUGUGGCUGAAAUCACACUUUAUAAAGAUGGAGUCGAGCUGACAGGUGCAGAGUCUUUCACCAUGUCUGGCUCAAAGGAUAAGCUCCUGAACAUGCGUGCUGAAGUAACGGUCACCGCUCUGAGCUCUGACAAUGGGAGGCAGCUGGCAUGUCAUGCCAACAACCCCGCCCUUUUCCGGCCUGUGGAGACCACAAUGGCCAUGAGCGUGUACUUCCCACCUCAGCCUCCAGUUAUUGUAGGUCUGGAGAGAGAGGAAGUCAAAGCUGGGAGAACGCUCAUAUUGGAGUGUGUGUCUCAUGGUGGAAACCCCCUAGCCACUCUCCACUGGACCAAGAAUGGAGACGUUCUGUCCAUGACUUGGGAUGAAGACACUGUGGCGCAGAAGUCCAGCAGUGUCCUCUUACUGAAGAUCACGCCUGCAGACAACCAGGCAGUGCUGUGUUGUGAGAGCGUCAAUCUGGUGUCCCUUUCACCUCUGUCUGUCAGCCGAAAAAUCACUGUUCUCUUUGAGCCUGCAGAGGUGACACUGUCAGGUUCGCUCUCAGCCAUUGAGGGGCAGGACUUGGAACUGACCUGCUACGCCACCUCCAGUAAUCCCCCCGUCCAGAUUCGCUGGUGGCUCGGCUACAAGGAGCUCAACACGUCUGUUGUCGUUAUGGAAGAGGGAGCCAAUGGUGGGAUGACAACCAUGUCCAACAUGACCCAUAGAGUCUCCAGAGAGGAGGAUGGGCUUGAACUCACCUGUGAGGCUUUCAACAAGGGCACACGAUUCUCCAAGACCCAGACCUCCAAACUUAGUGUCUACUACCCCCCUCAAAAGAUAUGGCUCGAUACUCCUCCUGAAGAUGUCCCUCUUCGUUCAGGGAGCACAGUCCGUCUCGUCUGCUUCGCCACUGGAGGGAAUCCCACUGGGACUCUUACCUGGUUCAAAAAUGGAAGGGUUGUGACUCAUGCACAGAAGCAGACGUCCUUCGAUCGGGGAGUGGCUCGAGAAGUGGUGCUGGUCCUUACAGCAAGUGACAACAUGGCUACAUACCGCUGCAAUGCCAAAAAUGAGGCAGAGAAGACCAUAUCUGCCCAAGCUAAGCUCAUGGUUCAGUUUCCACCAGUGAGUAUGAAGAUUACAACCAAACAGGUGGAGCUACGUCAGGGCCAGGUGCUAACUCUGGAGUGCCUGUCUGGAAGCAGUAAUCCCAAAGCCAACAUCUCUUGGAGCUUGGGAGCACUAAGGUUCCAGGGAGUGGAACAGCCACCCAGGAAGGCUGAGUUUGGUGGUGUGUCGGUGCACAGUUCUCUAUCUCUGACUCUGAGUUCACAGCAUCACAACCAGAGGGUCAUUUGCCAUGGCCACAGUGCUUUGCUAGCGGAGGGGGCCAACACAUUCUUCAAACUCAAUGUGCUUUAUCCACCAGAGUUCAAACCAGAGCAGCCAAAGCAAGUCCAGGUGGUGGAGGAUGACAUUGCAACCAUUCCACUGCUGGUCUCAGCUAACCCAGAGGAGCUCUCCUGCAUUUGGCGGCACCACAGGGAGAAGCUGGUCAAAGAGAGGGAUGUGCGCUACGACUGGUUAGACGACAACUCACUGGAGAUCAGGAAUGUGACAAGGAAAGAUGCCGGCGUUUACAUGGUCAAGUGCACAAAUGACGAGGGUGUCAACCAAACCUCCAUCAUGCUGGACGUCCAGUAUGCUCCCAGUGUCAAGGCAGAGAAAGACCCUGUGUUUGUGAACCUCGGGGAUACAGCAGACCUCAUAUGUGUGGCAGAUGCCAACCCCAUUGUGUCUGGCAUAUUCUCUUGGAAAUUUCUGGGAGAACAGGAGGUGGAGAUGGGAGAGGAGACUCAGGAAGACGAAUCUGGCCUUCUGACCAUCCAUGAUGUGACUCGGGCUCAUGCUGGUCUUUACCAGUGCACAGCCGAUAAUGGCAUAGCACCCCCUGCCACUGUAGAUGUGCGGCUGGUAGUACAAUUCAAACCAGAGCUUCAGAAAGGAGCCCAAUGGAGGAAGGUAGCAAGCAGAGGGGAUGGCACCACUACAGCUGAGGUAGUGUGUCAGGCAGAAGGUAUUCCUCGUGUUGACUUCUCUUGGGAAAGAAAUGGCGUGCGCAUGGACUUUGCAAACCCCAGGUAUGAAGAGCAGACCGUGAGCGAGGGCUCCUUCCACACCAGCACAGUUCGAGUAGUAAAUGUGAGCGCUGCUCUGGACUAUGCUGUUUUCAGCUGCACUGCUCGUAACUCACUUGGGGAAGACAAGCUAGACAUCCAGCUCGUCAGCACAAAUCAUCCUGACCCGCCUUCAUCGUUUCGCCAAGUCAGUGUUACCCAUGAGUCAGUCACUCUGGAGUGGAUCCCCGGCUUCAAUGGUGGUUUGCAGCAAAGAUUUCGUAUAAGAUACCGCUGGGAUCAGUCAGCCAGUUUCCUGUACGUGGAUGUCUUUCCUCCCAGAGCAACAUUCUUCACUGUCACUGGCCUGCAGCCUGACACUACCUACAACUUCUCUGUCAAUGCCCUCAAUAAUAUAGGAGAGAGUGGCUAUGCUGAUAACAAUGCAGUACUGACCAUUACCACCAAGGAGAAGCCUGAACUAGAAGUCCCAACAGAUGAUGACUCAGUUUCACAUAGUGCCAGUGGACUGCCAGCUUAUUUAACAGUGCUGUUCACAGUAGUGUUUGGAGUCAUGCUGGUGUUCAAUUCACUGGGCUGCUACUUUGGAGCGAGGUGGAAAAAGAGGCGAGGUCAGACAGGGGGUAGAGGAGGCAGUGUGUUGGACAUAAAGAAGAAUGAAGAGGAGGGGUCCAGUCAGUCAACAGUAAGCAACUCCAAUAAGUAUGAGAGCGGAGAAAAGAUCAACACGGCAGCCCAGCGCACCCUCCUCAUCGACUCUGGAUCUGAAACAGACAGCCAUGUCUAUGAGAGCUAUGCAGCGGAAAGUUCCCAUUAUUAUUACCCCACCGGUGACUACAUCCCGCCUCUCAGUCCACACCCUGAAGCGAUACGCAGGCUUGAUGUCACCCACCUCCCUGUGGACUGUUAUAGUCAUGAGUAUGAAGACGUAAGAGAUGGUGGCUUGUACCAGGAUAUCCUGGCUUCCUCUCUUCCUUCCCCUCCGGCCUUGCUUGACCACAGAUUACUUUAUCAAAGGAAUGAGAGGAGAUCUGCAACCCACCGCCAGGGUACUGAGAGUGUGAGGGAGUUCCUAGAUGUUCAACGACUGCAGCAAGAUUCUGAUCUUCCCUUUGAACUACGAGGUGAAUUAGUCUAGAGUGAGUAGGUCGGAGCAAACAAAUGAUAUAACAUGACAGCGCUUGUGACACGACCGUGGUUAGUAAAGUGUUGUAUAGUAUCUCACCAUGAAUGAACCUAUUAUAAAUGUAUGUAUUCACUUUCAAGUGUUGAAGUGAACAUUUCUUCUGUACUGUAAGCAAACUGAGGUAGCUGAACAAAAGCAAAGGAGAAUGGUACAUUAUUUGUAAAUGAUUUGAAAGCUUCAAUAAUCUCAUGCAAUCAAGAAUGUCAAAAGUAUGUUACUGUACGCGGACAGUUUUUCAUCUCCAGCAUCACCAGCAGCCUCCAGCUUAUUUUGUUCUCCCUCUGUGGUCUUACCUGAUCCCCCUCUUCGCUUUGUUCUUUCACCUUUACCCUUUUCCUUGGAGCCAAAUCAUGGUCACUACCCACAGUCUCCCCUGUCUGCUUUGGCCUGCAGGUAGAUAUGAAUCAGUCGGUUAGACACAAAAAUGGAUUGACAAAGGUGUGUUUGGCACUAGAGCAGAAGCAGCACAGACUCAUGUUGCCAUCCAAGCAGACAGCAUCCUUUUUGACCCGUCCAACGUGAACAUGUUCCAACAUGUAUCCAGACAACUGUAGCGUGUGCCUCCACUGUCUGAUACAAAGAGUUUCAGACCUCACAGUUAGUCUGUGGGAAUCCCUACAAUGGGAUAGCACUGAGUCGUAUUUAGCACGGUUAUGUCUCCAAGAGGUAAAGCCAUAUCUAGGGCCAGACUUUAAUCCUGUUUUCUCUCGGAUUGAAGUUCAGCUCACAGCAUCGGUGAGGGAGAAAAACCAUGCAGAGAAUUUGUCUCACUGAGGGUGGACAGUUAAAGAGAGAUAGGAACGGGGAGAGAGGCUUAGCUGCUACACUGGCAACUGCUACAAAAAAACUCUUACUUCGUUAUUUUUCAAAUUGUAGUUUAAAGAAAAAUUCACAGAGCCCAUACAGCACUUUUACACAGGUUUUUACAAAAAAAAAAGAAUUAUGAUCUAAUAAAAUAAAAGAAAUAAAACAUGAUACAUGAUACAUGAAACAAAUUAAAUCUAAUAUAAUGGAUUAGAGGUAAAAACCA